UAUAUAAACCUUCCGCCUUUGAACAAGCAAACAUACAACUCAGAAUCAGACCGUGGAAGAAGAAGAAGAAGAAAAUUAGAACUUGCAAAUCUAUCGAUCAAAGUUAGACAAGGAGAUUCGACGGUCAGGAUUCAAUCAAGAAAAUGUCGUGGCAGACGUACGUCGAUGAUCACUUGAUGUGCGACAUCGAAGGCCAACAUCUCACGGCCGCGGCCAUCGUCGGUCACGACGGAAGUGUGUGGGCUCAGAGCUCCAGCUUCCCUAAGUUUAAGCCUGAAGAAAUUGCGGCGAUAAUGAAAGAUUUCGAUGAGCCGGGGUCUCUUGCCCCUACUGGAUUGCACCUUGCUGGCACAAAGUAUAUGGUUAUUCAAGGGGAGGGAGGAGCUGUAAUUCGUGGAAAGAAGGGUUCUGGUGGCAUUACUGUGAAGAAAACUGGCCAGGCUAUGAUUUUCGGUAUAUACGAGGAGCCCUUGACACCAGGGCAGUGUAAUAUGAUCGUGGAGAGGUUGGGAGACUACCUGAUUGAUCAAGGCCUGUAGGUCAUCUCAACAUAAUGGUUUUCAUGUUUUUCGAUUUUUUUGUUUUUUUUGUGGGCUUUGCAUCUACUUUCCUACUAUGGAUUUGAAGUGGCACUGGCGUUGUUGCUCAAAAUAACCAUGUGCGGAUGGUGAGACGGAAGCAGGGGACUAUUUGGUGUUCUAAGAUUGUUUAUUUUUUUUGGGGUUUCUUCGUUUCUUGAUUUGUGUAUUUAUUCACCCCGCCGUUUGCUCCUACUGAGCCUGCUGCCUUUUUUUUUAUUUUUAUGGUUUUGCAUAUCCUUGGAUUCCAUCUUUGUUAUGAUAUGAUAAAAACAAAUGUUUCUGCUAUAAAUGAAAUGGUUUUGGAUUUAAGUUUU